UGCUAUUGUUAUCAUCAAGAAACUUCGAUAUCUUAUCAAGAUUAUCUCUCCUCUCCUCCCUCUCUCUCCCUGUCUCUCUCUAAAAAAACAUAUUGAAAAUUUCUGAAGCUUUUCUUUAGUUUCUUCUCGAGCCAUGCCUCCAAUGAAAGCUGUGUUGCAAUUGAGUGUUCUCGAGGAAAGAAUCAGAAAGAAGGCUUUUGUCACCGUUUCUAGAUGUCAAGGUGUUGCUUCGAUAGCAUUUGAUAAAACCGGGAAAAUGACUGUAGUUGGUGAAAUUGAUGUACCGGUUAUCGUAAUGAAGUUAAGGAAGCUAUGUAACACAGAGAUUGUUUCGGUUGAAGUUGUUAAACCACCUGAGAAAAAACCCGAGGAGAAAAAGCCCGAGGAGAAAAAACCGGAAGCUAAACCAGCUGCUCCAGCUAAACCGGAAAUUGUUGCAUGGCCGGUUCAGAUGAGCAACCCAUACCAAUACAAUCCUGCAUAUGCAAAUUAUUGCUAUCAACCAUACGGGACUUCUAGAGUUGCUGUAGACGAACCUGGUUGUGUGAUUAUGUAGUUGUUUUCGAGAGUCAUAAUCGAAUAAUGUUAGAAGUU